UGAACUUUAUUUGUUAUCCUCCUCGACUUAACAUGUGUCAUUUCAUUUCCCUGUUUUCCGCCGGUUGAUUCUGAGGGAAUACAACAUGUUGGAAAGUCGGUUUUCUCUCUUUUGGUUACUUUUCUUCAUUGAUAUUUCUAUUCAGCAUUCCAUCAUGAAACCAAAAGAAACUUAUAACAGUAUAUCCGAGGUGAGAACAGUUCACAUUUCAUUUGGUAACAAAACAAACCAAAUUUGUAUUUUAUGGUGCUCUACAAACCUUGACUACGAUAAAAACAUUCCACCUCGUGUUAGAUAUGGAUUUGCAAAAAGUCUUCUCUCUCAGAUUUCUAUCGGUAAAACAGUUCAGUUCAACUCGGCAAAGAAAAGAUUUUUUCACCGAGUUGUUUUGUCUAACCUUCUACCCGAGAACACAUAUUACUAUCAGAUCAUACGCCAGAAUAAAUCUAAUUCAUACCUUGAUCCAAUCGAAUCGUUCACAGUACCGCAAUCACCUACUUCAAGUAGUAUUACACAAUCUUUUCUUGUAUUCGCUGACAUGGGUACGCGUUCGGGGGGCAUACCGUAUGUUGUCCAAGAAUCUAUAAACAACAGGUACACUUCGAUUUUUCACAUUGGGGACAUUGCUUAUAACCUAGCAUCAAAUGAUGGCAUCGUUGGAGACAUAUUUUUAUCUAAACUUAAAAAUAUGGUCUCUCGUAUCCCGUACCUCACUGUACCGGGCGAUCAUGAAUCAUUUGACAAUUAUGAACAUUAUCGACAUCGAUUUUCAGUUCCGAACCAAGAUUGGCCAGCAUUAAGUAAUCAACUCUGGUACAGUUUAGAUAUUGGUGUUGUUCAUGUAAUUUCUUUAGAAACAGAACAUUUUAUGAGAAAUGAUCUUGCAAUGAAGGACCAACUAGAUUGGCUGAAAAAUGAUUUGAUUAAAGCGAAUGCAAAUCGGGAACAAGUACCUUGGAUCUUUGUUCUUGCGCAUAGACCUCUGUAUUGCUCUGCUGAGAAUUUGAUGGAAGAUUGUGCUUCAGACAAUUCAAAAGUUCGGGCCGCUCUUGAAAAGAUUUUAUUUACAUAUGGAGUUGAUCUCAUUCUCAGUGGACAUGAACAUUGUUAUGAAAGAACAUGGCCUAUUUAUCAAAAACGAGUUCUGGCUUAUAAUUAUAAAGAUGCCCCAGGUCCUGUUCAUAUUGUGAUAGGAACAUUUGGUUAUAACUAUAUCGUUGAUUCUAUUUCAUCAUUUCGUGAACAUUGGUCAGCUUUUGCAACUACACAGCAUAAAAAAGAAUCAUUUGGACGUUUGAAUGUUUUCAACAAGAGUCAUGUCUUCUGGGAAGUCUUUUAUGUUAAUAAUAAUCAGCUAAUGGACCGAAUGUGGUUGAUAAAAUCAAAACACGGUCCAUAUAGUUUGAAAGGUAUAUUUCCAGAUAAAUCAGUGUACGCAGCCAGGCAUAUGAGUUUAGAAGAACUGAACAAUCUUUCUCAAACUGGAGCAUAUUCAGAGAAAGUUCGUACUUACAUUUUGUACAUAUUCAUGGCAUCUGGCUUCCUGCUUCUAUACCUCACAAAGAAGCACAUAUAUGUAUUUUGCACGAAAAAGUUAACAAACCGCAUAUAAUGAUGCGUUGAGCUUCAACAUACAGAAAACGAAUUUAAAAAAAAAAAAUUUUGUCAGGAAGAAGAGGCUGUUGUUCCCACAGCCUUUGGAAGCUUUCUGAGACCGGUGAGAUCUGUUUAGGAAGUGGAUCAAGGAUCUUUAGGUAUUGUUUUUCUGGGUAUAAGUUAAUUUUUAAAAUUUUGUUGUGUACGAUAGAAUUGUUUGAGUGAUCAAAAAUGUCAUUGAUCUCAUGUUUGGAAUUUAAAAACAAAAUUAUGAAAUGAUACUAUUUCUAAAUUCAGGUUAUCAUUUUUUGUUCAGUAGACAUUCAGCUAUAAUCAUUGUUGAAGAAAAUCAUUAUGGCAUCAAUAUUUUUGUCUGAACUAAGAAAUACGAUUUUUUGUAUCAUGAAAUGUUUGAUAGUUAUUAAUAUUAUCAUUAUUUUUUUCUCAGCUCCAAGCCAAAAUUGGCCAACAAUGAAUCAGUUGGCAGAGUUUCUAAAUUGAUGAUGUCUGUGAUUUCUUAAGUAUUAGAACACUAUAUGACAUGUUUUGAUACCAGAUAUUCUUCAAGGUUUUCAUUUUCUAACUGUUGUUUCCAUAAAUUAUGUUUGCAAGACAAUUCUCUUUCAGUACUAAUCCUCUUGAGCUAUCUUUCCUAUAAAAUUUAAGAUAGAUAUUUUAAAGAAUUUACAUCUUUCCUUAUUGUUUUGUUUUAUCCAACUCAGUGACAUGAAUUGAUUUUUAUGCCUAAUUUGUUCAUACUGCUGUCAGUUGGAUAGGUAUGCAAAUUCAGAUAUAGGCAUGGAUGUAUGCAGCAUUUAUUAAAUACAUAGAUGUCUUCCUAUAAAAACCACUCUCAAAUCUAGAUUGAUUUUACUAUCUUAGUAGAUUGAAACAAAAAAAAAA